UAGAAAACCGUGCAAAACGGCCACAGGAAUGCGUGCCAGCCCAUCCUCCACCCAGCUGGUCGAGGAAUAUUCUGACUGGUGAGUUAUUCACCUGGCUGUUAAGGCUGACAGGACAUUGUAGUUGGCUCCAUCCCUGAGGCUACGUGGAUGCCCUUCCCAGGAGCACAUACCCGGUGUCCUCUGGGGAGCAGUGGAGCCAACUUGAGGACUCACUGAUCAUGACUUCUGUAAAGCAGCAGGCAGCAAUUAGCCGGCUCUUGAGUUUUUUACAGGAUUGGGACAAUGCUGGCAAAGUCGCAAAGAGUCACAUCCUCAACAAUUUCAUUGAAACCAACCAAGGCAAGACUGCCCCUGAGCUGGAACAGGAGUUUUCCCAGGGAGCCAGCUUGUUCCUGGUCCACUUGACCACCUGGCUUAGACUCACCUACAUGACUGGCUCACGUUUAGAUAAGCUGCUCAGGUCCAUCGGCAUCUUCUUAUCAGCUGUAAGCAGUAAUCGAUAUCUUACAGAAUUUCUUGAGGUUGGAGGGGCCCUAACACUCUUGGAAAUACUUGCACUGAAGAAGAUCGAGGAGGAGGACAAGAAGGAAUCCAUCAAGCUACUUCAGGUUAUCGCAAACUCUGGCAGGAAGUACAAGGAGCUCAUCUGUGAAAACUAUGGUGUACGAUCCAUAGCAGAAUUUUUGGCAAAGUCUAAGUCAGAAGAGACCCAGGAAGAAGUGCAUGUUCUGUUGGAUUCUUUGAUCCACAGUAAUCCCAAGUACCAGAAUCAAGUGUACAAAGGUCUAAUAGCUUUGCUGCCCUGUGCGUCCCCGAAAGCUCAGCAGCUGUCCCUGCAGACUCUCAGGACUGCCCAGUCGAUCAUCGGGACGACACACCCUGGCAUUGUGGACUGCGUGCUGAGCGUGCUGCACACUAUGCACCUGGAAGUCCAGUAUGAAGCCAUCGAGCUGAUCAAGGACCUCGUCAACUACGACGUGUGCCCGGCGCUGCUCAAGGGUCUCGUGGCGCUGCUGAUACCGUCCUUCAAGGAGACCAGCAAACAGCAGUCACAGAUCGUCAGCGACUCUUCGGUUCUGCAGCUCACCGCCCACCUGCCGUUGUUCUUGCAGCAGGCCGCGGCCGCCAAGGCCAUCGGGAUCCUGGCGCGAGGCAACACGAGCCUGGCCGCGGAGAGGCUACACCUGCGCGUGGUGCACAGCCUCAUGGCCGCCAUGGGCAACAUGGACCACAGCAACAGCCAGCGGCAGGCCAGCCUCACGCUAGAGUACUUUGUGCAGUUAUUCCCAGUGGUGGAGGAGCACGUGCGCUGGUCCAUGGGGGAGGAACUCUACAAGCUCUUCCGUGGCAACGCCGAGGACUUAGAGGUGAAAAUAGACAGCAUUCAGGCGGACAUCUUGGCGACCAAAAAAGUCAAUGUCACCAAAGAGCUGUAUCUCAGUGGCCUCUCCGACAGCACCAUGAGCUUUUACUUUGGCCAUUGUAAUCAGGGUCAGGUGGCCUACAUCACACACUUCCAGAAAGAGGCUGUGGAAGCAAAGGACUAA